AAGAGGCAGGAGAAGAUUGACACCUUUUCCAAGAGAAAUCCUUGUUGCUGUGUGCCAUGUACAUAAAGACAAGCUGGACAGGGUAAACAGAAAAAGGGUUGCUGAGCAGUUUGUCUCUUGUAAGGAGAGCAGAAAGAGCUCUUUUGGUUCUUAUAAAUGAGAGAUAUAGUUGAUAAUAUAUUAUUUGGUCAGUUGUUGUUGUUGGUUGCAUUUAUAUAUGUACAUAGCUGUUUAUAUUUUUGUUCUGAAUAUACAGUAUGUUGUUUGUAUGAAAUGUUGUCUGUAUAUUUGGAGUAACAAAAUAAUUUCUCCGAGAUUAUUAAAGCAUUUCUGAUUCUAAAUCGUUAGCAAGUCUAGCAAGUGUGUUCUGAGGUUGUUUUUAGCAUCACUAUCACUCAUUUAAAUUGAAAGCUUUUUAUAUCUUGUAUGUUAAUACCUUUUGUACCCUUCUGUCAUUGUAUUUAUCAUUUUUAUUGUUAACAAACAAACCACAUUCAUCCCCCACACUUUUGAAAACGCUUGCCAGCGCAGGGGUGCUACUGCUUAACAGCAUGAUUAUAGUUGUGCACGCAUCUUUCACGUAAGUACUACAGUGGAAAAAAUGUUGUGCAACCCUACGAAAUAUAGUCCACACAUGACAAAUGAGGUAAAAAAUCAAUAUUUCAGAAUAAUUCAAACUCAGCUAUUGGUGUGUGAUAUCUGAGUUUUAACUAUUUGACUACAAAUCUCACAUUCCUUCCAAUGAUUAUUUCCAGGAUAAACUGAGAUGCCCUCAAGCUGGCUUCUUAAAACUGACUAAAUAUUUAAAAAGAGCCAAAAGCGGCUCUUUGAAAGGAAUGGAUCGCCAAGAUCCGAAUCCCCUCAAAGAGCCAUAAAUCCAUCACUAGCAGAAAGCAAAGGGAAAGCCCGUAGUUUUUUUUUUUUUUUCCAGGAUGCACCUGUGACCGUUGUGUCGGAGUACAUGUGCGUUUCCACAAGACAAGGUGGUGUUCGGAAUCGAAAACGCACUCCCUACUCAUUGGAUGACUUCAAGCCUGAGGUGUUACAGAGACAACCUUGGUGCACACUCACUUGGAGGGUUUGUGGAGAGUUUCUCUAGUACACAUGUCUGCAGGUUCUGUCUUGGAGAACGAACACAAAUCCAAACACAUCGAUGUCUCAUCCUGCUAAACUUCGGAUCAUACUUAAGGACCAUGACAUUCGAAAACUGGAUUUACCACAUGGAAUCCCUGAAACAGUGGAUGAACUUGAAUGUAUUGUGAGAGAGACUUUUGAGCUUGAUGGAAACUUUACUUUGCAUUAUAAGGAUGUAGACUUUGGAGAGGAAUAUUUUUCUCUGACGUCAACAAGCGACAUCAAAGACAAGGACACAAUCAAGGUGGUUCAGAUUGUUGAACCUCCCUCAGUUACUCUGACAUUUAGUGAUGUCGACAGCUCAUUUGACUGUGCAUCAGAGACCUCGGGUAACAUUUCAGCGUCCGUAGAGAAACUGAGCAGGCCCUGUGGCAGCAGUAGCUCAUCUGGAUCUCAGGAUAUAGUAAUUCUGUCAUCACCUGAACAUAUAAAUCAACGUUUACAGCGCUGGCCUACUAAUUUUCCUGUUCCUCGCUUUGCCUAUGAAACAGAGCUUUUACUUGCUUCAGCAAAUGAAACUUUCAAAAAGGAUGGAACUAAACUGAACUUUACUGCAGUUCUUUCAGACAUCCUUGAGAAACUGGCUGAAACAAUUUUUCAGUAUGUUGCCUACCCAACAAGUGCACAGUUGUCUGAUGUUGCUGAAGCUCUUGUUCAAGAACAUCCAUGCCUAAAAGAACCAGGAUCCUAUAAUGGGUUUUAUGGAUGGCAACAAAGACUGAAAUAUAAAAUGGGCAAUUAUAGAAGUAAACUCAGAGGGCUUGGGUGCCCUGAGCUUGAUGUGAACUCUCUCAAAAGAAAACAAGCACAUGAGAGGACACCUUCAAAGAAUGUCAAAAAGCCUAGAAAGGCUGAGGUGAACUACUUGCCACCUUUCCCACCUGGAGAAACAGAAGAAAGUUUGGAAACGGAAAGAUUACAACUGCUCGAUGAAGUAAAGAAGAGGAACAACUGCCGGAUCAUCGGUAAAAAAAUGGCAAAAACAUUCUCUUUUCGCAGACAAGAAGUUGUCAAUCUGGCACCACCUGUCACUGACUUCAGAAACAGAUGGCCUGCACUUUUUGAUGCAGCACAGAUAAAUGACGAAUUCCAAAGGAUCACUACUGUCAAUCUGGAAACCACGUUCAUGUCAAAACUGGACCAGUAUUGCCCGAAAAUAAUGUCCAUGGUAUCAUCAAGAGGAGGGGCUAUAAAAAUGAAGAUCCAGCGCAUAAGGGACAUGAUUCAAGGGAGUUCAGUGGAAAUGAGGAGAGAGGCCGCUAUCCGUUGCCUAAUGGUGCAUCUGAAAGAGAGAGAAGAGGAUCUCUUUAGAGAAAAUGUGGAUGGUAAGGGGCAGUUUCCCAAAGAAGUGGUAAAGAUCGUGGUCACCAGAGCUGCAGCAAUAUCUGACCCAGCCGUCGCUAAAAUUGUCAUUGAAGGAACAGAUGUCCUAGAAGACCUUAAUGUGCCCAGAGCCUGUGCCUUACUGAUGGGCCUGAUAUAUGCUCUCAAUCUGAGCUACCCAAAAGAAGUAAAGAACACUCUUGAAGUAUUCCAGAAAGUUUUCUUGGAACUUGAUGGGCUUAAAGCCAGCCCAAGGGUAAUGUCUCUAAAGUGUAAACUGCUCUCGUAAAACAAAUGUAAAUUAGGCUGCAGUGUUCUGAUGCGCCUCUUCAUAUUGUUCGUUUCUUGACACCUUGACACACACUGCUGAUUACCUGGACCAGGUGUGUUCAGUCAAUUAGGAGCUGAAUGAUACCAAUUUAUUUUGUCUUUCCCUAUUCCACACUCUUCUGAGAUCAUAUCUUCCAACUUCUGAUUGGCUGAACACACCUGGUUCAGAUAAUUUGCAUACUACAUAUACUUUUUUUUUUUUUUUUUUUUACUGAGGUUAUUGUGGGUGGAGGAGUUAUAGUAGUGUAUUAAGCUCUCUUGUUUUUGGCCCACUCAUUUAGUAUUUAUGGAAUAGAUGCUGUAGAUGUAUUAAUGUCAUAGGUUUACAAUACUAAUAAAUAAUGUAUUAUUUGGAAUUUUUUGCAAUAUACUGUUUAAUCUG